CUAAACCCGACUUGGUGGUUUAGACAGUGUAGAUGUGACGUGGACCAAAAAGCCGCUGCAGAUAGAGUGGGCUGAAUUGGUGUCGUGUCAUUAGAUUUGGUAAGAUGUCACGAGCUGCUGGAAACCUGAGAGACAAACUGGAUGGAAAUGAGCUGGAUCUAAGUUUAAGUGAUCUGAGUGAAGUACCAGUCCGGGACCUGGCUGCUAUUCCCAAGGCAACAGUGGUGGAUCUUUCUUGCAACAAGUUGACAACAUUACCGGGUGAAUUUUGUGCUCUCACUCACAUUGUGAGGUUGGAUCUCAGCAAGAAUCAGUUAAUACAGCUUCCAUCUGAAUUUGGCAGAUUGGUGAACCUGCAGCACCUUGAUCUGCUACAGAACCGCAUAACCGCACUGCCUGUUACCUUUGCUCAACUAAAGAGCUUAAAGUGGCUGGACUUGAAAGACAAUCCCUUGAACCCUAAUCUGGCAAAAGUAGCUGGAGACUGCCUAGAUGAAAAACAAUGUAAAGAGUGUGCCCAAAGGGUUUUGCUGUAUAUAAAAGAUAUACAGGCUGAACAGGAACAAGAAAUGCAGCGAAAGCUCGUGGAAGAGCAAGCCCUGAAACAGAAACGUGAGGCCCAGCAGAGGCAAAAAGAGGAGAGGGAGCGAGAACAGCGGCGUAAACAGAAAGCUCAACAAAAAGCACGCAAGAGAAGGGACUACGAUGCUCUCCAAGCAGCUCAACAAGAAAUGAAGAUGAUGAAAAAGAAAGAAACUGAGCCAUUAGACAGUCACAAAAUCCCAAGUAAACCUGUUCACAAGCGAAAACCAAAACGGAGCUCAAGGCUUGGUGUAGUGAUGCGGAUAAUAUUAUUUGUAAUCUUCAUGCUCCUAGGAAGUAUAGUAGUGUGUCGCUACACUCGGCUGCAGAGUCAGAAUGUUUGCUUCACCAUUAAUGCAAUGUAUGAAGAAACAAUGAGAACGCUGACAAACUAUCACAUACUGGAAAGUGUUCUUCAGUUUGGUUCUCGUUCAUAAUGUGAUAAUUGUGGGUUAUUCCAUCUUGUCUUAAAGAGGAGUUUUAUUAUAGCUGAGAGACUGAAUAAUCAGCAAGACCUGCAGGGACAGACUUCAGGUCUUGCUCUGUUUUAAGAUGCAAGGGAUGUUUGUUUUACAACAUUUCUGUUGCCUAUGUUAUUGGGCAAAGAUUGGUACAAAACUGUCCCACAAAUUUUUAAAAAAUAUACAUUAGCCAUUACUCUAGUCUAAUUGUCAGUGGAAUCCACUGUGAAGCAUUUUCCAUUCCUGUACCGUUCCGACUCAGGUUCUCUGAAUGGCUUUAUGAAUUAAAUGAACAAAACUGCUCCUGAUGGCUUUAAUGGUAAUUGUCAAGUAAUUUUGUAAAUUUUCUUGUAAAAUGCCAUAAUGUUGCCUUCUGAUUUCAAUGGAUAUCCAAUUUCUAUAAAUCAAUAAUAAAGAACACCCUGUCUGUUUUUUGCUGAAGUUUUGUAGCAGCUCCCGACUUAUUACAUUCCUGAUGUACUGUCAUCUAAUAAAUCCAUAAAGCUUAUACCUGAACCUUAGCCUGUAAUGUAAAGUAAAUGCAUGUCCACCAUACCACCAAGUUAUUUUUAUUAUCCCAUUGCAUCUAAAAUAAAAAGUGAAGUGUGUGUCUUCAGCCUCA